UACAUAAUUUUAUUAUACUUUUUGUACAGUUGAAAGUUGAAAAAAGUCCAAGUAAAAAGGUUCCUUUGAAUCAAUAAACGGCAAGUGGAUGAACAGAGAUAUGGUGUGAACGGAAAAUUUUCCUUCAAAUUCGAUCAAAAAAGAUAUAAUUGGAAUGAGAAAAGUUAUUCCCCUGGCAAAGGUGAUUAUAAAUCUUCAAAUUCCGUGAAAAAAUGAACCAGGUGGUUGAUUGGUAGUCGCUAAAUCUGAUGACUGCAAAUAAAGAAGAUCACUAUGUUAAAUACUUUUGACCUAGACGUAUGCAAAGAAAAGUCAGAAGCAUCCUCUGAACAGGUGAUGAACAAGCAAGAUACCAAAUGAGUUGCAAUCAGCUAGAAUCCCAUUGUUUUUUACAUGGGCUAUUAUUUAAUACAAGAUUUGACAUAUUGUUCUUUGCCUCUAUGCAACCAUAAUGAAAUGGUUAAUCUGUGCACAAGAAUAUUAGAUGCUAUACAGAAGAGAGGACGCUUGGUAUUAGCUCUCCUUUUGAAAAGUUGGUGACAGAAAGCCUGAAUAAUAUGAGAAUCGGUGCCUAAUUAUGUCCGAUAUGGGAAAAAGAAAAUGAAAAACUCGUGAUGGAUUUAAUACACCAUGUGAUUACUGGGUAAGAAUAAUAUAAACUUCAGAUAUCGAUUCAGUAAUCUCUGAACUAUUGGAAAAGGUGUGGUGAAAGUGGCACGACCAGAAGAAUAUCUGGAAAACUAGUUGAAUACACCAACUACUGAUUUGAUUUUGAGUUUACAAUCAUGUCCGAAUCCGAUUUCAGUGGUGUUUUUCCUAUAUAUAAUGUGAUAAAUGUGUAUACUUUCAUUGCAUUUUCCAGAGGCAGAAUUAGGAAGAACAAAGGUUCUCAUUAUACCUGUGUUAGUCUGUUAGUGUUUGUGCACUGCAUAAUAGUUCAACAUGUAUUGCCAUGAACAAUUUAAACCUGUUGCUGCGAUGUUGGCUGUUAACUUCGCAUUGGCUUUGGUGAAUAUACUUUUUAAGAAGAUAAUUGAUGAAGGAACCAACCAUUUGGUUAUUAUUGCUUACCGACAAUUAAUUUCAGCUAUUUUCAUCGCACCCAUUGCCUAUUUCUUGGAAAGGAAAAAUAGACCCAAGCUCACAGUUCAAAUCUUGUGUCAGCUGUUCUUCAGUGCUCUAUUGGGUGUAACACUAGCACAAUACUUAUUUCUUCUGGGGCUGGAAUACACAUCAGCUACCUUCUCAUGUGCAUUCCUCAACAUAGUUCCUGUAAUUACAUUCUUAUUGGCGUUACCAUUCAGACUAGAGAAAGUGAAUAUGAAAAGCUUCUCUGGGAGGGCUAAGGUGAUGGGUACACUUUUUUGCAUUGGUGGAGCUAUAGUGUUAACCCUUUACAAAGGAAAGCCCUUGACAAAUCCAAAUCAUCUGACAGAACAAUCCAGCGUGACGAAUUCGAGAAAUAAGACAGAGAGGUGGGCUAUUGGUUCUAUAUUUUUGAUUGCAGGAUGCUUGGGGUGGGCUUCCUGGUUCCUUAUGCAAGCAAAAAUUGGAAAGAGAUAUCCAUGUCAAUAUUCCAGCACUGCCAUUCUGUCUACCUUCGCUGCCAUUCAGUCAGCCAUCUUGAGCAUGAUCAUAGAUAGGAGCCUUUCUGGGUGGAUUUUGAAAGGAUAUUUGGUGAUGACAAGCAUCUUAUAUUCUGGCAUAGUGGGAUCAGGACUGUGCUAUGUGGGGAUGUCUUGGUCAGUCAAACAAAGGGGGCCUGUAUUCACAUCUGCAUUUACGCCUUUUAUACAGAUAUUUGUAGCCAUGUUUGACUUCUCUUUCCUGCAUGAACCGCUUUAUUCCGGAAGUGCUAUAGGAUCCAUCCUAGUUACUAUUGGUCUGUACAUUCUCCUGUGGGGUAAAAGCAAGGAGAUAGAGGAAUGCGAGAGAGAGAUAAAGCAAGCCCAAGUAGCUCGGCAAGAUGAACAAUGUAAUGGAGUGUCACAUAUCAUUCCAACUACUAGUGAUUAAACGAGUUUUGAAUGUGGUGCAGUUCAUUGUGGCAAUUACAGACACCACUCAAAUUCCUUCGCAGAAUAACUUUACGUGGUUAAUGAUGUAAACUUCUGGGUUCAGUUAUGGAAGUGUUCUGUAACGAAACAUCUGAAUUCUUACAUUUUUGAAACACUA